CCCCGUCACACUUCCGCUCCCUACGGUUGAAUGAAGUCUCGCGAGACCUCUUUCUCUUCCCCGUGCUCGCCGCCGAGAUGCCUUCUAGACUGAGGAAGACCCGGAAGCUUCGAGGACAUGUCAGCCAUGGCCACGGCCGCGUGGGUAAACACAGGAAACAUCCUGGAGGCCGUGGUAAUGCUGGGGGCAUGCACCAUCACAGAAUUAACUUUGACAAAUAUCAUCCUGGUUAUUUUGGGAAGGUUGGUAUGAGACAUUACCACUUGAAAAAGAAUCAAUAUUUCUGUCCUUCUGUCAACUUGGAUAAAUUGUGGACACUUGUUAGUGAGCAGACAAGACUCAACUAUGCAAAAAACCAGGCUGGAUUAGCUCCUGUCAUUGAUGUUGUACGCUCAGGUUAUUACAAAGUCUUGGGAAAGGGAAAGCUGCCAAAACAGCCUGUUAUUGUGAAAGCAAAAUUCUUCAGCAGAAAAGCAGAAGAGAAGAUCAAAGAAGUUGGUGGUACAUGUGUGCUGGUGGCAUAAAGCAUCUUUGCAAAUUUAUUCAGUAUUUUGAAUAAAGACACUAUAUAUAAAAAA